CCACCAACUACCACCAUGCUCCGCCAAUCCAUCACCAAGCCCAUCACCACCACCAACCGUCUCCUUCUCACCCGGUCUUUCUCAGCUCUGACCCCCAGAAUGGGUGCCGGCGAUACCGGUGCUCCCCGUGCGGGAGGUGCCCAGCACUCCGACUCAUUCACCAAGCGCGAAGCCGCCCAGGAGGGAAGAUACAUUCACGAUAAGGAGAUGGAGAAGCUUCGACUUCUUCGCGCUAAGGUCCAGGAACAGCGCAAGCACCUGGAUGAGUUGGAUAAGCACAUUGACGAGAUCACCAAGAACCAGGGCGGCGAGCAGAACUAGAUGUGAUGAACUUGACUAUUGAUUGACACGGUCCGGCCGACAUGAGUUAUGUUUGGUUGAGCUGACGAUAUGACACUUACCUACCUACCUACCUGACUGCUUAGCUAGCAGCUAGCGUG